AUGUCGGCCUCGAAGAGAAGAAAGCAAACGAAGCUGGUCAUCGGGUUGGACUUUGGGACAACCUUUAGCGGUAUUGCCUGGGCGUUGGAAGGAUGCAAGGGUGAUUUUGUUGAAGUGAUCCAAGAAUGGCCUGGCAAAGGGAACAGUACAUCGCAGAAAGCCCCUACUCUCAUAUCCUAUCACAGCAAUGAGAUUCAAUGGGGAUACCAGGUCGACGACAUCAACACCGCCGUCAGAGGUGUCAAACUUUUGCUUGAUACAAGCCAACCAACUCGCUAUAUUCCUGCAGCUGAAAGUGAGCGACUGAUCCGGGCACUUAAGAAGGAGCCUGUCGCUGUUGCCGGUGAUUAUAUGAAGAUGAUUGUCUCCCACGCCAAACAAAUCCUUCAUCGCCAAGGUAUGGGGGAUCUUCUGGAAAGACCGGACGUUAAGUACAUCUUGACAAUUCCUGGGGUAUGGUCGCACAAGGCCGAAGACCUGACAAUGCAAGCUGCGUGUCUUGCGGGUAUCCCAAGAAACAAUUUGACUGUGCUCUCCGAGCCCGAAGCCGCGGCGAUCUAUGCAAUCCGAACAAUUCAACCAAACAAAAUGACCGAGGGGGAUUGUUUCAUUGUCUGCGACGCAGGUGGCGGAACAGUCGAUCUCAUCACCUACAGAAUCACGCAGUUAGAGCCUAUGAGAAUGGAGGAAGUCACUGAAGGAACAGGGGAGGUCUGUGGCUCUGUGAUCCUGGAUGGGCUAUUUGAGGAUUAUCUCGUCAGGACAUUGGGUAAAAAGGUCUACAAAGGAAUGAGUAAUGCCACAAAGCGCAUCGCGAUGCAGCGAUGGCAAAAUGACAUUAAACCCCACUACUCAGGGCCUGAUGAUGAGAAUGAAGAUCUCGACCUGGGUUAUGUGAUCCCAAUUCCUGCAAUGCCAAAUGGAGUACUAUACAUGGAACACGGGCAUGUCAAAGGAAUUUUCGAUCAUGUGGUGUCACAGAUUGAGGGUCUAAUCUCGGCACAAGAGAAGAGCAUGAAAAGGGCCGGAUUUUCUGCCAAGGCAAUUGUUCUCGUCGGUGGUCUUGGCGCUUCAGAGUACGUUUACAAGAGGCUCAAACGCCGCUUUGAGGGAACAGAAGUUAUGCAGCCACUUAAUGCCUGGUCAGCCGUUGUUCGUGGUGCAGUUCACCGUGGACUCGAGGGAAACCAAGUGGAUAACAGGAAGGCUCGGAGCCACUAUGGUGUUCAAAACCAUGUGAAGUUCGAUCCUGCCAUCCAUAAAGGGAAGAGCCCAAAGUGGGACAGUCUUCAAGAGGACUGGCGUGUGCACAAACAAAUGAGAUGGUACAUCAUGAAGGGAGGAACAAUAUCAGAGGACAGCCCAAUUAGCUUCUCAUUCUACCGAUGUGUCCGGAAGGGCCAUUCGAUGGUCUUCACCUCUCACCUGCAGUCUUGCCUCAAGGAGGCUGCCCCUGAGGAGUGCAGCUCUGGUAAGCUCCUGGACGUGAGAGGAAAGCAGAUGGCGGCCCGAACUAAUCAUAUUCUCAUUGAAGAUACCCCCACACUCUGUGAAUUGACAACAGAUCUCAGCCAGGUACCGAAAGAGCUUUUCCGUAGCCACGUGAACUCUCAAGGAGUGGAGUAUUACAAAGUUGACUUCGACUUGGUUCUGACGCCGAGAUCUGCAUCUCUGCUUUUCGAGUUACGGUUCAAUGGAAUGAACUACGGCACCGUGCAAGCAAGAUAUGUUUAG